AUGAGCACCUCCGAGUCGAGCGCGCUGAAAGAUGAAUUGCGCGAGCGGCUGGUUGGCCCGUCCAAGCGAUCGACCGGUUCUGACCACCACCCAUCCUAUGGUUCCUUCGCACGUGACGCCAACAUGUCCAACACGAUGCAAGUCACAAGCAGCAAGACCGACCACGCUGUAGAACUCAAUGGCGAUCCUACCCAUCCCUCCCAGUCAACGACAGCAACGCCUGGUGGUGCUCGCUUAUUCAUGUCCAAGUUGACUCGCAGGCGGCGUGUCCAAGGCGAAGGCGACGAUGGCGCCGGCCGAAGCGGAGGCGAGCACGCGUCAAAGAGCUCCCACUGGCGAUUGACGCACAUGUUGGAGAACAAAGGCUCGGUUGCAAGGGAUCAUCUGGCGAACGAGAGAACCUUCUUGGCUUGGUUGAGGACGAGCUUGAGUUUGGCGUCGAUUGGGAUCGCCAUCACGCAGCUGUUUAGGUUGGCGUCGACAUCUGUCCCGACUGGGACAAGCACCGACACGACCGGUUCGAGUUCGAUCGUGUCCAAUUCGACUCAACAUCUGCGCUCGCUGCUCGAACGAGCGGUCGUGCAAAGUGCCAGUAGCAAUGAAAGCUACAUCGCAGCAUCCGAGGAACUGCGAAUCAUCCGCCAACUCGUGCUUGAACAAGCCCAGCAGAUUCUGCUUUUGCAAGGUCAGACCAAUGGCAAUCCGCUCAAGUAUCGCCAUUUGGGCAAGCCGAUUGUGAGUUCCGCUACAUGCUUGGCAAUUCAUCGCUUCUAUUUACGGACAGCGCUUCAAAUACAGGGUGGGACGUUUAUUGGCCUCGCUCUGCUGUUCCUCCUAUUGGGUGAGUCGCUAUGAGGCGCUGUGCAGCGACACCGGCCCGCCCCCCCCCGACUGACAUUUUGAAAGGAUACUUCUGCAGGGGCGAAUCGGUACUUUUCUGUGCAAUCGGCGUUGAUGAAGGAACCCAAGUCUAUGUUUCCACCUUCUCGGAGAACGGUCACUGUCACCUCGUUUUGUGUUGGUCAGUACAAAGGCCUGCGUCCAGAGUGAUACUUCAUAUGAUCACGUGCGAGAUGCUGAGCGAUCCAACUUUCUGAAAUCACAGCGGCUAUCGUGAUCGCCACGUUUGCAGCCAUUCUGGCCGUGCGAUAG